AGACUCUGUGAUGACUUGCAUAGUAAAUACAAUCACUUGUAUUUUAGCCAGUGUUAUUACAUUUAGCAUUUUGGGAUUCAUGGCAUUCACUCAGAACACUGAUGUAGAUAAAGUAGUCCAAAGUGGGCCUGGAUUAGUUUUCAUCACAUAUCCAGAAGUGGUUUUGAAGCUACCUGCUGCCCCAAUUUGGGCAGCUUUAUUCUUCUUCAUGUUGGCGGUAAGAAAGAAUUACAGUGUAAAAAUAUGA